AUGAAUAGUAAUGGAGAUGUACGUAGACCAAAUAAAAUUGUCAGGUUUAAACCAACAGAUCCAAAUGUUCUCCAACCCCUUUCAACUGAAGACAGUAUUCCUGAAUAUAUGAAUAUUUUGGGGAUGAUUUUCUCUAUGAUGGGAUUAAUGAUGAAGGUUUUUAAUUUUUUUAAUUGGGAAUUUUAUUCGGUGCGAUCAUAA